AGUCUUUUACCCUCCCCCAUCUCAUUACAUACACACUAAGCCCCUCCCCCUCCCCCCACUUUACCCCAUCCCCUAGGUUCUUUGUCUUGUAAACAAAUCUGUGUCGGAGAUCUAACUUUGUUACUACUUAAUCUCUGCAAGUAAAACAUAGGCUUGACGUACCAUUUAUAAACACAAAAAAGAUUCCUAUUUAUAAUACUCACUACUAGUGCCCUUCUUUAUUUUUUGUGCCUCGUCUCUAUCUAAUAGUUGGGUAGUGACAGAGAGGCUUAAGGAGUUCAGCUAUGUCGAAGCUUUUAAUGGGGUUCUGGGGUGUGUUUUUUGCUGGGUUUUUCUUGUUUAGCAAAUUGGUGUAUUCUUAUGAAGUUGAAGAAGAAUUCUUUCUCAAUAAAACAGACGGCCCAUUCUUUGAGUCUGUUUAUGAAACCUCUGCUGCUGCUGCUGGCAUUAAACCCACUCCUCUUACGAUUGGUCUUACGCUCAUCCCUGGAGCUGCUGCUAGAGGAGCUGUGUGUUUAGAUGGAACUCUACCAGGUUAUCACAUACAUCCAGGUUCUGGGUCAGGGGCAAACAGUUGGCUCAUUCAAUUGGAGGGUGGAGGAUGGUGUAACACUGUUAGAAAUUGUGUUUAUCGCAAAACGACUAGACGCGGCUCAUCAAAAUUCAUGGAAAAGCAGAUUCCAUUUACUGGGAUUUUAAGUAACAAGGCUGAAGAAAAUCCAGAUUUUUUUAACUGGAAUAGAGUAAAAGUUCGUUACUGCGACGGAGCCUCCUUUGCAGGGGACAGUGAGAAUAAGGCUGCACAGCUGCAAUUCAGAGGUCAGCGUAUAUGGGAAGCGGCAAUGGCCGAGUUAAUGUCAAAAGGAAUGCGUAAUGCCCAGCAGGCUCUUCUCUCUGGAUGUUCUGCUGGUGGUCUAGCUUCAAUAUUGCAUUGUGACGAGUUCCGAACUUUGUUCCCAAGUAGUACCAAAGUGAAGUGCCUAAGUGAUGCUGGAUUAUUUAUGGAUGCAACGGAUGUAUCCGGGGGGCACGCCCUCAGAAAUUUAUAUCAAGGCGUAGUUAGUGUGCAGGGUCUUCAGAAGACACUGCCAAGUACUUGUACCAACAAACUUGAUCCAACCUCGUGCUUCUUUCCUCAGAAUUUGAUCGGCAAUAUCAAGACCCCUCUAUUUCUGCUAAAUGCUGCCUAUGAUUCCUGGCAGGUUCAAUCCAGUUUGGCUCCUCCAGUAGCUGACCCUAAGGGCUUGUGGCAUGAUUGUAAACUCAACAAUGAACAAUGUUCUGCAUCACAAAUUCAAUUUCUGCAAGGUUUCAGGAAUGAUAUGCUAAAUGCUGUUAAAGGCUUUGCUGCCUCAACACAAAAUGGUCUCUUCAUAAACUCAUGCUUUGCACACUGCCAAUCCGAGAGGCAGGAUACAUGGUUUGCUGAUGAUUCUCCCCUUAUCGAUAACAAGCCGGUUGCACUUGCAGUUGGAGAUUGGUAUUUUGAUAGAGCAGGCGUGAAGUCAAUUGACUGUGCUUAUCCAUGCGAUAAAACAUGUCACAACCUGGUCUUCAAAUAAAGCUACAAUCAAAUUCUUUUCUGCCAAACUUAGCAGAAAUAUGUUAUUAUCUUCAUAAUCAAUUCCCCUCCAUUAAUUUAAUAUUACAAGUGUAACAAAGUUUACAGUAGACAAUGAAUUUGGCAAUUUAGUCAGAAUUGCAGUUAAACUAGUAGUGCUCGAACAGGGUACUCCUAGGCCAGCCAGUAUAUCAACAUAUUGAUAGCCUUGUUAUG